AUGGCCCUGCUUGCUCCUGCUUCCUUUACCCUGCUUCCAACCGCGUUUAUUUUCUUCUCCUCCUUUGCUAUUUUGGUGCAUGAUAUGGCUCAUACACCUGCCCCCACACUCUUAGCAAAUCUAAAGCCAAGAGACAUACAGGCUUCUGUCUGUGUUCGAGUUAGCAGAAAGUGGAAUUUCACUGGCAGGAAUGAGAAUGGCCCUAUCCUACAUGUUGACCUCAUUCUCACUGAUAAAGAGGGAGGUGUUAUGUACGCUGAAAUUCCAAGAUAUGAGGUGCAGGACAAAAGCCCUCUCAUAGAGGCUGGCAAGGUGUACACCAUCAGCAGGUUCAGGGUUAAAAAUGCUAAGUAUUCCUACAUGCCUGUUCGUGGAAAUAACAUGAUUGAAUUCACUUGCUACACUAGAGUGAUAGUGGAAGAUAUCCCCUCAGACAUGUUCCCACAGUUUGUUUAUACGCUUGUCCCUUUCAGUGAAAUACAUCAGCAUCUACAAGAGGACGAACAAAUUGUCAUAGAGCACAAGUCACUUGAUGAGCUAAAUGCACUUGAUCCCUAUGAGUUCCCUGAAACAGGCUUUCACUGCACAGUCACAAUUACGGCUGUGCCAGGUGACGAUUCAUGGUGGUAUCUAGGCUGCCGAGGAUGCAAAAAAUCAAGUCUUGAUCAGGUCGGCGGUGCGCCUUGGUGUGGUGCUUGCAAAUCCUCAGAUUUUAUGCCAAGAUACAAAUUGACCUUCGCUGCGAGAGAUGAAACUACAGAAGGUCAGUUCUUCUGCUUUGACGGUAUUGCUCAGCAGAUCGUUAAGAAAAGCUGCGAGUCUCUCUUUCACCUUCCUGAUAGAAUGAGUGGCACACCUCCUGGGCUAACGGCUAUUGUCGGAAACAAGUAUACAUUUGCUAUAGGCCUAACGAGCGAAUCUUACUAUUCAAAGCAGACAAGAGAAUACCAGGUCAAGUAUGUUAUGGAAGAUUUCCAGAAACGCCUGUUCACUCCAAGGUCACUAGCAAUUGAAGGAUCCAGCAAGAUUCCUCCUCCACCAAAACCCUUGAUGGUCAUACUAGCUACAACCACUGCGCCCAGUACAGCCAACACAUCGUCCUUGAUGAUAGAUGCACCACCUGCCGAGUCUCCUACUCCAACAAAACCAGCUACUUUACCACCUGCUGGACAAACUAUACCAUCCACAGCUAAAAAUUUAGAUGAUCAGGCCUCGUCUACCAAGGUCUCGGUGGAACCUGAACCUGCUCAUACCCCUGCUUCAUCUGAUGUUGCUGAGCAUGUGUCUCAUAUCACAAACUGUGUACAUACAAUUUGCUAA